UGAGGCGUCUCAGUUCCUGAAUGGGCAGUGAUGUUGUGAUAGAGUGUCUUUGGUAUUAGUUGUCGUUCUCGGCAGUUCUGUAGUUGGAUUAUAUACUACUGUGGAGAGAACAGCAGCACUGUUUACAGUGAGGAACAGACCGCAUCUAUAUUGGAAGCAGACAAGAUGAGUGACAACGCUAUGGACUCGAGUACACUCUGUCUCUUCGAUGUUGAUGGCACGCUAACGGCCGCGAGACAGUGUGUGACUCCAGAUAUGGCAGAGUUCCUUGACAAACUCAAGACUCGGGUUCGAGUCGGAGUGGUAGGAGGGUCGGACCUCUGCAAGAUCAAAGAGCAGCUGGGAGAUGAUGUGAUCCAGAAAGUGGACUAUGUGUUUGCUGAGAAUGGUCUUGUAGCCUAUAAGAAUGGGCAGCUUCUCUCUGUCCAGUCCAUCCAGGCCCAUAUGGGAGAAGAGCUGCUGCAAGAAUUCAUCAACUUCUGUCUCAACUACAUGGCCAAGAUCAAACUCCCUAAGAAGAGGGGGACAUUCAUUGAAUUCCGUAAUGGCAUGUUGAACGUCUCCCCUAUUGGACGCAGCUGUACACAGGAAGAGAGGAAAGAGUUCUACGAGCUGGAUCAGAAAGAGAAAAUCAGAGAGAAGUUUGUGUCCAUAUUAAAGGAGGAGUUCAAAGGAAAAGGAUUGUCCUUUUCAAUCGGAGGCCAGAUCAGCUUUGAUGUGUUUCCUGAUGGUUGGGAUAAAAGAUACUGUCUGGGGAUUGUUGAGAAGGACAACUACUCAACCAUUCACUUCUUUGGAGACAAGACCAAACCAGGAGGAAAUGACUAUGAGAUCUACAGCGACCCUCGGACUGUCGGCCAUGAAGUCUCCUGUCCAGAGGAAACACAACAACUUUGCCAGCAGCUUUUCUUCUCAUGAGAAAGAGGAUACCUAACAUUUGUUACUGUAUGUUCCUGUCAUUUUUACAGGAGAGACAUCGAACAGACGUCUUCUUAAUUCUUUUUUGUCAAGGUCUGACCUUGAGGUUUAAUCACUAAAAUAAUAAAUUGAUUGCAGAAAGUGUGAUGGCAUCUUUGAUAAUGUCAAGGAAGGAGAAGAAGGAGUCAGGGACCAAAGAGAGGAGGGAUCUCUGGGUAUUUUGGUCAUAGGUCUAAAUAUGUAAUAAUUGUAAUAAUCAGUUACAUUUUGUUUCAUGUAAUCAGCAUUACCUCACUGGUAAAUGUUGAGCCAAAACCCUUACUGGCUUAAUUCUUCCAUUCACAGGGACUAAUGCAGCUUUUAAUUUCUCAUUAUGAACACAAAAGUCAGCUGGAAAUCUGUCUGCUUUACCAUCAGAUUCUGAAUCUGCUUUUAAUCAAACCCCAAUUCCCAUGUGACGCUGUGACAAUCUGCAUCAGUGACGCGAAUGCAGAGGGCGUUUUCUUUGUUUUCACAUGUGAUUUUGUAGUGUAGAGCAGUUAGUGGAAGCUUUGACUGAAACUCCAGCUGGUCACAUGUCACUGUUAAUGUAUCCGACUGGAAUGCAGCUCUUUUUUCCCCAGAGCUAAUCUGUCAGUCAAACGUGGCCACAGCUGUGAUGUCGUCUUCUUUUUAUUUUAGGUUGAAGUCUUUGCAGGUUUCAGUCAUGCCUAUGUUCAGCCACGUUUACUAUCACUGCCAAACAAACUGGAACCACGGUACACAUCACUUGCUAUGUACUAUCAGAUUUUCUGCUGAUCUCCUAGAUGUUAUAGAACAACAUAUUUAAAAAAAAAGUUUCAUGAAUAAUGGCCAUCAGUAGAGAGCAGAAAAAAGAACAAACCUCUUUUCAGUGAUGUUGCGCAGCGGUCCCUGCAGAUUCACAGCGGCAGUCCUCGGCAGGACUACAUCAUCCCGUGUGAAGAGCUCAUUCUAUCAUGGCACCUGUCGUGCCAUCCUUUACCUCACCUGUAGAAAUCUGUGAGACUAUGUGCAGAGUAGAGCUUCUUGCAGUUGUGUGAUGUUCCUAACACAUGACCUUUGAACUUGAAUUAAUCUCAACUUGUGUGAAGAUUCUGCUGUAAAAAUGUGAAGUGAGCAAUAAAAGGGAAUCCAUG